AUGAACAUUUCGUUACAAACUCCCACCCCUGCGGUCUCAAUGACUGACAGAUAUGUGUCAACAAGCGAAACGACAUUCACGGUUCAUUGCCAUGACAGUACCUUCAGGAAGGUCACUGUAUUCGAUAGCAGUGAGCAGGUGUUAUUUCGUGUCGAGGGAUCCGCUAUUGGCACGUCUUGGAGUUGGCGCCGGAAAGUGUUGGAUUCGUCGGGCAGAGCUCUGUUCGACUUUCGCCAUCACAAAUUUGACAACAAGAAUGGCUGGGUUGUUGAGAGUCCAGACGGACAAAAGCUAUGUUCCCUUGAGCACGCGGCAUUUCUCAAAAAGGGACAUGCGGCAAUCACGGCUAUUGUUCGCACCACGGCAGGAGAAGACGUGCGAGUCGAAAUGAUGCCAAUGGAUCAUUCUGCGCUCACAACGACUGUGGGUGUUGAUGGCUGCCCUUUUGCUGCCAUCACAAAGAUCGAGGAUAACGAUGUCACGCUUAGAGGUGGCAAAGACAGGAGCGUCUGGAGUGUUCAAGCAGCCUCUGGGGUGGAUCUCAGCUUGCUUUUGGCCAUGGUACUGUGUCGAGCGGAAAUGGGACAUGUUUGGAAGAACUGA